AUGAGCGGCCGCGGAAAGGGAGGUAAGGGACUCGGUAAAGGAGGCGCCAAACGUCACCGCAAAGUCCUCCGAGACAAUAUCCAGGGCAUCACCAAACCCGCCAUCCGUCGCCUGGCCCGCCGCGGCGGCGUCAAGAGAAUCUCCGGACUCAUCUACGAGGAGACCCGCGGGGUGCUCAAGGUUUUCCUGGAGAACGUGAUCCGGGACGCAGUCACCUACACCGAGCACGCCAAGAGGAAGACCGUCACCGCCAUGGACGUGGUCUACGCCCUCAAGAGGCAGGGCCGCACCCUCUACGGCUUCGGCGGUUAA